AUGGCUGAUUAUUGGGUUGAUUACUUGAGUAAUCCCACAUUAUCCGUACUACCACAUGAUUUUUUGAAACCAGCAAAUAACAAAUCCGUUGAAGGAAGCUGUACUUUUAAAACAUCAAAAGUUUCAGAUUUUACAACUGGAUUAGCAGUUUUCGCUGCAUUGGUUUAUAGAUUGACUGGUGAUGAAGAUAUUAUAUUGUCUACUGAUACUUCAGCUGAAACUCCUGAAUUUAUAAUAAGGUUGAAUUUAACUCCAGAAUUGAAAUUUGAAGAGUUAGUUGAAAAAGUCAAAUCUGAAUAUGUUAAAAAUUCAAAUAAAAUAGAUUAUAAAACUUUAUCGGAAGUUUCCCAAAAAAUCAAGAAACAUGCAAAAUUGGAAGAAAAUCCGGAAUUAUUUAGAUUAUCAUAUCAACAUGCAAAUCCAAAGCAACAAUUGAACACAACCGUCGAAGGGUCAAUUCGUGAUUUAGCAAUAUAUACAAAUGGCACAGACUUUACCAUAUUUUAUAAUGCAUUACUAUAUUCCAAUGAAAGAAUUCAAAUUUUAGGUGAACAAUUUACUCAGUAUAUAACAGCAGUAACUGAGAAUCCUGAUAUAAUCAUAACAAAAGUCAAUUUAAUAACUCCUACUCAAAAAUCAAAUUUACCUGAUCCAACAAUUGAUUUAGAUUGGUCAGGGUAUAGAGGAGCAAUCCAAGAUAUUUUUCAAAAAAAUGCUUUAGCACAUCCCGAUCGAAAUUGUGUUGUUGAAACCGAAUCAUUUUUGGAUCCAAGUUCUAAAACAAGGACUUUUUCAUAUAAACAAAUUAAUCAAGCAUCAAAUAUAGUUGGAAAUUAUUUGAAAGAAACUGGAAUCAAAAAGGGUGAUAUAGUAAUGAUUUAUGCUUAUCGAGGCGUAGAUUUAAUGGUUGCAGUGAUGGGUGUUUUGAAAGCAGGUGCUACGUUCUCAGUCAUUGAUCCAGCGUAUCCUCCAGCUAGACAGAAUAUAUAUUUGUCCGUUGCUAAACCAAAAGGAUUAAUUGGAUUAGAAAAAGCAGGAACUUUAGAUAAAUUAGUGACUGAUUAUAUUAAGGACGAAUUGGAUGUUAUUACUACCAUACCUCAAUUAAAAAUUCAAGAUGAUGGAUCAUUAGUUGGAGGAAAAAUUGAUGGAAAAGAUGUAUUGAUUGAUUAUGCUAAAUAUGCUGAUAUACCAACAGGUGUAAUCGUUGGUCCUGAUUCUAACCCCACAUUAUCAUUCACAUCGGGAUCUGAAGGUAUUCCCAAAGGUGUUUUAGGACGUCAUUAUUCAUUAGCUUAUUAUUUUCCAUGGAUGGCUAAAAAAUUCGGAUUAUCAGAAAAUGAUAAAUUCACAAUGCUAUCAGGUAUAGCACAUGAUCCUAUACAGAGGGAUAUGUUUACUCCAUUGUUUUUAGGAGCUCAAUUAUUAGUCCCAACAGCUGAUGAUAUUGGUACACCUGGUAAAUUAGCCGAAUGGAUGGCAAAAUAUGAAGCAACCGUAACUCAUUUAACCCCAGCUAUGGGUCAAUUAUUAAGUGCUCAAGCUACAACUGCUAUACCAUCAUUGCAUCAUGCCUUCUUUGUUGGUGACAUCUUAACCAAAAGAGAUUGUUUAAGAUUACAAAGUUUAGCUGAAAAUGUAUAUAUAGUCAACAUGUAUGGUACAACAGAAACUCAAAGAUCAGUUUCGUAUUUCCAAAUUGAAAGUAGGAAAGCUAACCCAACUUAUUUAAAAAAUUUAAAAGAUGUUAUGCCUGCUGGUACCGGGAUGUAUAAUGUUCAAUUAUUAGUUGUGAAUAGAAAUGAUACUUCACAAACUUGUGGUGUUGGAGAAGUUGGAGAAAUUUACGUUAGAGCUGCUGGUUUGGCUGAGGGAUAUAGAGGAUUACCUGAUUUGAAUGCUGCUAAAUUUAUAACGAAUUGGUACGUUGAUCCUAAAAUCUGGAUUGAAAAAGAUUCUGGUGAUGAAGAAUGGAGAUCUGCUGGUUGGUUAGGACCAAGAGAUAGAAUGUAUAGAUCAGGAGAUUUAGGAAGAUAUUUACCAGAUGGAAAUGUUGAAUGUUGUGGUAGGGCAGAUGAUCAAGUUAAAAUUAGAGGAUUUAGAAUUGAAUUGGGUGAAAUUGAUACUCAUUUAUCUCAACAUCCUUUAGUAAGAGAGAAUGUAACUUUAGUUAGAAGAGAUAAAGAUGAAGAACCAACUUUAAUUUCAUACAUUGUACCGAGAGAUUCUCCAGAGUUACAAAAUUUCAAAUCUGAUAUUGAAGAAGAGACUGAGGAAUUAAAUGAUCCAAUUGUUAAAGGAUUAGUUGCAUAUAGAGAACUCAUAAGAGAUAUUAAGUCAUACUUGAAGAAGAAAUUAGCUUCUUAUGCCAUUCCAACAAUUAUAGUUCCCCUUGUCAAAUUGCCAUUAAAUCCUAAUGGUAAAGUAGACAAACCAAAAUUACCAUUUCCUGAUACUGCUCAAUUGGCUGCAGUUUCAAAAUUAAGUGUUUCUGCAAAAGAUAUUGAAAAUGCUGAAAAGGAAGAAUUAACUUCUUUAGAACAACAAAUCAAAGAUCUUUGGUUUGAAGUUUUACCAAAUAGACCAGCUACUAUAAGUAAAACUGAUUCAUUCUUUGAUUUAGGUGGACAUUCAAUCUUAGGUACAAGAAUGAUUUUUGAAUUAAGAAAAAAAUUAAAUGUUGAGAUACCAUUGGGAGUCAUAUUUAAAAAUCCAACAGUUGAACAAUUUGCAAAAGAAGUUGAAAAACAAAUUAAAGGAGGUCAAGAUUUUGAAUUGGCUGAUGGUAGAACCAAUGUUGAAGAAAAAAUUGAAAAAGAUGCGGUUAUUGAUUAUGCACAGGACGCUCAAAAUUUAUCAUCAACUGCUAUAAGGACAAAUUAUGAAUCUUUAACUCAAUUACCUAGUGACGGUAAAGUAAACAUAUUUGUCACUGGAGCUACAGGAUUUUUAGGAUCUUUUAUUAUUCGUGAUUUAUUAGAAGCAAGAAAAAAUAAACUUGAUAUUAAAAUAUAUGCACAUGUCAGAGCAUCAUCUAAAGAAGCUGGGUUGGAAAGAAUUCGUCAAACUGGUAAAACUUAUGGUAUUUGGCAAGAAUCCUGGACUUCAAAUAUUGAAGUGGUAUUAGGUGAUUUAUCAAAAGAAAAAUUUGGAUUAAAAGAAUUUGAAUGGGAAAAUUUAACAAAUACUAUUGAUGUCAUAAUACAUAAUGGGGCAUUUGUUCAUUGGGUAUAUCCUUAUUCUCAAUUACGUGAUGCAAAUGUUAUAGGUACAAUCAAUGUAUUAAAUUUAGCAGGUGAAGGAAAACCAAAAUAUUUUGCAUUUGUAUCAUCAACUUCUGCAUUAGAUACAGAUUAUUUUGUAAAUUUAUCAGAUGAAUUAUUAAAACAAGGUAAAGCUGGGUUAUCUGAAUCAGAUGAUUUACAUGGUUCAUCAAAAGGUUUAGGAACUGGUUAUGGACAAUCAAAAUGGUCAGCUGAAUAUAUUAUACGUCGUGCUGGUGAACGAGGAUUACGUGGGUGUAUUAUAAGACCAGGUUAUGUUACUGGUUUUACUGAAACUGGUGCAUCUAAUACUGAUGAUUUCUUAUUAAGAAUGUUAAAAGGUUCAACUGAAUUGGGAUAUUAUCCAAAUAUAACAAAUAAUGUAAAUAUGGUUCCAGUUGAUCAUGUAGCAAGGGUUGUUACAUCAGUUGCUUUAAAUCCACCUAAAAGUGAUGAAUUAGCAGUAGCUCAAGUAACUGGUCAUCCAAGAAUUCAAUUUAAUGAAUUUUUAGGUAGUUUAAAAUCUUAUGGUUAUAAUAUUGAAGCUUGUGAUUAUCCUAUUUGGACAAGUAAAUUAGAAAAAUUUGUUAUUGAAGAAUCAAAAGAAAGUGCUUUAUUCCCACUUUUACAUUUUGUAUUGGAUAAUUUGCCACAAGAUACAAAAGCUCCUGAAUUAGAUGAUUCAAAUACAAGAGCUUCAUUGAAACAAGAUUCGAAUUAUACUGGAGUUGAUGUUAGUAAAGGUAAUGGUGUUACAGUUGAUUUGAUGGGUACAUAUAUUAGUUAUUUAAUUAAAAUUGGAUUUUUACCUAAGCCUCAAGGUAAAGGUGAAAAAGAAUUAGUUGAUGUUGAACUAACGAAAGAAACUUUGGAUUUAAUAGCUAAGGGUGCGGGUGGAAGAGGUUCUGCUGCCAAAUAA